CGGAAGUUGACGUGGAAAAAUGGCGAUCCCCAGGAGCGUAGCGUUUGUUACCGGUGUUUUUGUGAUAUUUGCUAGUUGCAUUUAUGCAAAUGACGAGCAACAGUGUCAUUCGUUUGCCGGAGGCAGCGUUUAUCCUCAAGAAACUAAACGCACUAGUGGACAUGCCAUUCAAUGGAGUCAAGCUGUCAUUUCCAAACCUGCUCCAGACUGGAAUGGAACUGCAGUCAUCAAAGGAGAGUUCAAAGACGUUAAACUGGCAGACUUCAAGGGAAAAUACAUUGUCUUCUUUUUCUAUCCACUUGACUUCACAUUUGUAUGUCCCACAGAAAUUAUAGCAUUUAGUGACCGAGUGAGCGAGUUCCACGACAUUAACACUGAGGUCAUUGCUUGCUCUGUUGAUUCUCAGUUCACCCACCUUGCCUGGAUCAACACACCAAGAGACAAAGGAGGACUAGGACCCAUCAAGGUCCCCCUACUGUCUGAUAUCACCCAUGAAAUCUCAAAGGCUUAUGGUGUUUACCUGGAGGAUCUUGGUCACAGUCUCAGGGGUUUGUUUAUCAUUGAUGAUAAGGGUACUCUGCGUCAGAUCACAAUGAAUGACUUACCAGUAGGUCGAGAUGUAGAUGAAACACUCAGGCUUGUUCAAGCAUUCCAGUACACAGACAAACACGGAGAGGUGUGUCCAGCUGGUUGGAAACCUGGCAAAGAUACUAUCAUUCCGGAUCCCAAGCAGUCUCAAAAAUACUUCAGCAAGCAGAAACCUUAGUAUAUUUUUGGAAGCUUCUACUUCCAUUGUGUGUUAUCCCUUAAAUCUCCCUGUCUCCUGUCUUUAUUUAUUUUCAUUCUAUCACUUUAUAUCACUCCAGUAAGUGUAAAUGUCCUGGAUUUUUAAUGGUAGUUUAAUCAGCUGUAAAUGUUCAUGUAUAUAUAUUUUGAACAUUUAAAAAAGGUGAAGAAUAAUUAUUCUGGUUAUUUAAAUGUUAAUAUUUGAGUGAAUUAUCUACCAUCACAUUUCCAAGAUAUUACCUGUUACUGCAUUUCUCUUCAAGCUGUCAUGAUUAGAUCUGUUAUGAAGGUUUUACCUCAAAAGCUGUUUAUUAAAUUACAAAAUAAAAUAAUAAUGUACUCUUAUCUUAUCUUGGUAAUCUUAAACGGAGGCGUUUUAAAAUAAGAUUGAAACAUAACUUAAAUCAUCACCUUGUGUGUUAGAGAAAAUCUUAUCACAACAUUUUGCAAAUGUCUGUACUUGUGAAAUAUGUUAUUGAGACGUGCUUUUAUUAUUUGAAUUUAAGCGCAUGCUUGUUAUAAUUUCAGUUUGUGAAUAUUAUGCAUUCCAAAAAGGUUAAUACAUACACUGUAUUUCCAUUUAAACCAGGAGCAUAUUUGUUCGAUGAAAACUUUUUUUUACAGAAAUGUGUCUUUUCUCCUUAGUUCAUUCAUUCAUAUACCAUACAUUUUUGUGGGUGUUGUUCUGAAGGAAGCACUUUUUUCACUGCACUGUACCUCUUUUUGUUGUACAAUUUUCACCUUUCAGUACUUAAAUUCUUGAAAGGAAGAAAGAACCAAUUAUGCAUUUGAACUUCGAAAAUUAUUUCUUCUUGGUUAUAAAAUUGUCCUUUUUGAAUAGAAUAGACGAAUGGAUAUUCCUAAUAUUAAAUCUGGAAGUAUAUUUUUCUAAUGCAAUAAGUAUUACUUAGGCACAUGUAUCGAUGAAUCUUAGGAAAUCCACAUUGCUCAAUGUAGACGGUGCUCUGACAGAAUAAAUGUUGCUGUUGUAGGGGUUGUUUUUAUUUCAUUACAUCAUUAGUGCUAAGAUCUUAACCUGGUUGUGGGAUUUAUUUACUCUUCAUGGUGUGGUGUUGUAUCAAAGUUUCUUUAUGUUUCUAUUCAAUGGAAUUCAAUAGUCAGAUUUCUAAGCUUCUGUUUGGUUUGACACUCACAUCAGACAUUUUCUUUUUAUUUCUCCUGUUUUAUUUUAAACUCCAUAUAAACCCAUUAUCAUCUGUAUGAUGUUUAAAUCAUGAUGGAUCUUACAGAUAUAAUAGAUUCAUAGAACCACUCGAAUGUUCCAUAGGUCCUUUAACACGAGAUUGCUAGAUAAGGGAAGUAACUUUGAUUGAUGAGGAGCUUGGACCAUAUAACCAUUAAUAUGUGCAUUGUAUAAAAAAUGUACAGAUUAAUAGGGACCAUUAAUUACUUACACUUUUAUUUCUGUUCCAAAUAAAAUUGGUAGAAUAUUGAAUAUAAGAUGUGUCAUAUAAAUCAGAACUCUAAAAGAAAUAUAAUUGCAGAAAACAUCAACCAAUAUUUCUCCUGUUAUGAAUUGUACUGUUAGGACAGAAAUCAUCCUCUUGAGAAUGAUGAAACUUUGAACAUUAUUACAGUCAACAUGAUAACAAGGUGCUAGGUAUUUUGUCAGGUGAUCCCACCUAUAUGUUAAGUUUGAGCAUAAUUUUACUAAUUCGUUUUGACUAGAAGCCUCAGUAUUCAUAUUGAUUGUGUUUCAAUUUAAUGCAGCGUAGCAAAACACUUGAUAAACACUUACUAACUUUGUUCAUAUACAUUCAUUUUACUUUUUUCAUUUCUUAAUGUGAGUCCGUAUUUUUAUUCAAGAAUGCCUUCAUCUACUGAUUAUCAAUGUUCCACUUGUCCUGUGGCACUCACUUUGUGGCAAUUACUUGAUGAAUAUUCAGCAGCACUUAAUUACCACUCAAUGACAUUGCUGCUAUAUAUAUGACCGAAUCAACUUUGGAUGGUAUUAAUAUCAGCUGUGAAUGCCAUGGCCCACAUGUUGACAUCAUUACUUAUAUGUCAUAAUUAUAAUGUUGGAUACCUGGACUGACCCACCCUGGAAUAUGUCUGUUCUAUUCAUUAGAUAAGUGAACAUUAUACAUAACUUGUUUUAAUUAAAUUCUGAAUUUUGAUAAAUUAGUUUUGUAUGAUUUUGAAAUAUUUCAAAAAUGGAUAGCGUCAGUAAUGCACUGCUUUCGCUGGGCAUCCACAGUCACUAUGAUUACCAACUGAAAUCAUUCCAGUGCUCGAUUAAAAGGCUAUACCUUAUUUUCUGAAUCUCUCUAUUCUUUAAUUGUCUCAAAGUGAGUCCAGGGGACAAUCGGAAAAGACAGUAUUAGGCCUGAUAAAUGUACAAACCCACAGAAUAUGUUUGUGUUAUUUUUGAGUAUUGUUAAAUCUUUUAUAGGCAUUGUAGAUGUUAUAUAAUUCCUUCGCACAAACAGUCAACAUUUUGUUGCAAACAAUUUCUUCUCAUGGUGUUUGGAGAUGCAAAGAUUCAUCAAAAUUCUAUUAUCAUGAUGAUGAAUGCUUUGGGAUUUAUGGUCCACAACAAAAUAUAAAACAAAGCAUCGCUACCUCCCAAUCUUAACACAGUUUUCAGGGACGCUCAGGGUAUUAGGACUUAAACCGAUAUACUUUCUAAAGAACUAAUGGAAAAAUUACUCUUUAAGGAAUAUAGGUAUGUAGCUUAUACUUAUCAAAAUAUAGGUCAUAUCUAGUGUGUUUUCAAACAUAACACAGAUUAAAGAUUCACAAAACUUAAUUUUAAAAUGAAUCCGGAAAAACCUUGAUACAGGUUCAUGUGUAAAUUUUGAAACCGAAUGGUCUACAGACUUCAAACAAAAGUAGCCAAAUAAUCAGUUGGCUAACAGUGAUUUAUUAUCACAGAAGUAUCCUACUAAUAAAGUAAACUUUUGGUUUUAGUACCAUAAGUGGAAUAAGUCAAAUAUGUUUAGUCAAGGAUGGAUUCCAUUAGAAAAAAUGGACUUUUUGAUUAAGGUCAAUAAGAUAAGACAAUGUGAUAAAGCUACCCUCGGAGAAUUUGAUCUGUGUUAUUUUGUUGCUAGGGUAAAUAAAGAACUUUUAUCAUACAUAUUUUUAUACAUUGAUACCUAAUUCUGUUCAUUUUGGUAAUAAGUUACUUAUCAGGAUAUGAAGAGUCAGAAAGCUCAUGCGUUCGACACCAUCUCGGUGUCUUCCUCAAGUAUUGAGCAAUGUUGACAGACACGCAUUACAUGGCCAAUGUUAUACUUACAUGUCGCCCAUCAUUGAAAUUUCAGGGGUUAUGUUCAUUUACCCAGGUAAGUUCUGCACACCCCUGGAAUAUGUCAUGACAAAAUUGAAGGCACAUUUUACCAUUAUACUGCCCAGCGAUUCUACUGAUGUACAUCAAAGGAUCAAACGAGGCUACUCGCGUCAUCUACAACGUGGCACGUACAAAGCCUUCAAUUUCUUUGUGACAUAAUCCAAGGAUGCCGAGAACAAGCAUAUCCCCUGGAAAUUCAAGGAUGAUAUCAGCCAUUUUGGGGCACAUAGAGAACUUGACAGAGGAAUAUAUUUGAUAAAAAUUGUUAAUUUUUUUUAAUUAUUUUUCAGCGUUAAAUGUUGUUCAGAUAGAUGUUUAUUUGCAUGUGUAUCAAUGAAUUUCCUCUAGAGUGAGAAAGUUGCAUAAAUUUACUGCUGAAAACCAAAGUGUUUAAUAUAGAGAUAGUUUACAUCAUCAUUUCAUAUCGGCGAGAAUGUGUUCAUGUGUAGUUCUGUACAAAUGCUUUUGGAAAUAAAUGGGUCAUCAUUCA